CGCCCGGACGCGCCUGGCCGCCCGCCGCUCCCGCUCCCCGUCCGCUCGCCGCUCUCCGCGCAGCAUGGCCCCCAGCACCGCGGCCGUGGAGCUGCUGAGCCCCAAAGAGAAAAACCGACUGCGGAAGCCCGUGGUGGAGAAGAUGCGCCGCGACCGCAUCAACAGCAGCAUCGAGCAGCUGAAGCUGCUGCUGGAGCAGGAGUUCGCGCGGCACCAGCCCAACUCCAAGCUGGAGAAGGCGGACAUCCUGGAGAUGGCCGUGAGCUACCUGAAGCACAGCAAGGCCUUCGCCGCCGCGGGCCCCAAGAGCCGGCACCAGGACUUCAGCGAGGGCUACGCGUGGUGCCUGCAGGAGGCCGUGCAGUUCCUCACGCUGCACGCGGCCGGCGACACGCAGAUGAAGCUGCUCUACCACUUCCAGCGCCCGCCAGCCGCGCCCGGCGCCCCCGCCCCGGAGCCCAAGGCGGCGGCACCCCCGGCGGCCAAGGCCGGCACCGCGGCGCACCCGCCCUCCCGCGGCCUCUGGCGGCCCUGGUGACCCCGCGGGCGUGCGGGCUGCCGCCGGACCCGAGGGCCAGCCUGGCGCGCGGGGCGGAGCCGCUCCCGCCGCCGGUCCCGCCGGCUGGGCGCCCCCCUCGCUCCCUGGGCCGGGCGGCGGGUCCCUCUCGGAGAACGCGCCGCAGAGCCCGCGCGCCUGGGACGUCCGACCCCACGGGUCGUUGCGUUUGCGUUUCCGCAAGUGGCUUCUGGGAAGUCCCCGCUCGGGUUCCAGGACGUUUGUAGGCGGGACCGUCCUGCCGGCGGAGGACUUUCUCCGCGCUCGUCCUGCCGCCCCCCGCGGCACAUUUGCCUUUUGUGAAGGCGGAACUCUAGGUGCGUCCUCAUAGGAAGAGUGUCAGCCCCGAGGGGCGGAGGGACCGCGGCCCGGGCCGCUGCCGUGGGGCCUCGCAGUGGGCCGAGUGCGGGUCUCCACCGUGAUCCUUAAAGGAUCCCUGGGUGGGUGGGUGCUCGUGGGCUUGACUCUGUACUCAGAAUCUGAACUCAGUCACGUGGGAGCCACGGGCCUGUUCUUCGGACUUCAAUAAAA